AUGUGCUCCUUCCGUCUUCUCCUUGCCUUGCCCCUGGCAAUCACAGGGGUCGUCAUCGUCGCAAGCCCGGCGUUGCGCGAAGACACUGGAUUACUUCGGGAAAGGGAUAAUUCCUCUGGAAAAAACGUCUGCGGAUCAGAAACUAGUGCCUCUGGCCUUAAAACCAAUUACUACUGCGAAGGCGAUGAACCUGUUUGCUGUCGAGACUCGACAACUACCCUCAAAGACGGAAUCCCGUGGGCCUGUAUUCCAGAGGAUGGACUCUGCUGCGUGGUGUUAAGCGGUGCAAAGGUCCAGGCAUAG